AUGGAGCAGGUCCAGCAAGUCUUGGUUAUAGAAAGAGGAUUUCACCGCGGGCCCGGAAACGGUCCUGAGGCUUGCGUUCUCCUCCCGGCAGGGCAUUCCUGCCCGGGGCAGACCUCGCGCCGCCGCGUCCUGGGCGCCCGGGCUGCUUCUGCCAGAACCGUCUGGGCUGCAGAUCCAAGAGGGCCCUUCACGAUCUUGGCUUCCUCUUUCCUUCAGAAAUCUGAGGGAAGGCAGUGGGGGUGGGGGAAGGAAUUUCUCUUUUUAAAAAACAUAACGGCAGCCAGGGCACCUUUCGGUGCAUCCAGGCCUGCAGGGUGGGCUCGGGGGCGCCGCGGUCCCGCAGGUUCCCAGUGCACCGUCCGCCUGGUCCUCACCCCGGCUCCGGCCCGGCCCCGGCCCCGGCCCCUGGUGUCAAGGCCCCGGCACCGGCUCAGCGCGUCGGCUGCCAACCUCUGGCAGCUGGUCCGGGAAGGCACAAUCGCGGCCGGCUCUGUCUGGCUCGCGUCUGCAGAGAUGGAACGAAUGUCAACUCCAACCUCCUGGGCCAGCUCCCUGAGCCCCCUCCCGUCCCGCCGAAAUCAGGGUUCUUGCUUGGGCGCUACUCCCAUACAUCCUGGAACCUGUCUACCCCCCACGCCUUCGCUGCGCCACAGUUUUUACUUGAAAGGAGUCAAGGAAUACUCAAACCAUAACUACUCAUCCUGCGGGCUUCUGGGAAAAUUUGGAGAUUAAAAUACCUGAAGAUUCUGGUAAUCCCUGUUCUAAUGAGUCAAUUAAAAAGCGUUCGUUUACCCACCACGCCCAGAUAGAAUCACACGAAAAUCAAUGAAGAAAUAUGCUCAACUUCUACAAUUCUGUUUGGAAACUAAAAACCAAGUCCUUGUAUUUUCAGCUGCAAAUUAGGGUUCACAUUAAUUACCCUAAAAUACAGCGAUUUGCCUCAUGUAGAAGUUAGUUUUUUGAAUCAAUGUUUUGUGUCAGUUUUCUUCCCUAGGCAUGUUGUAAACUGAUAUCAUGGAACCAUUAAAACAAACAAA